AUGUUCUUCCUAAAAAUUGUCGUUUUCUUGUACUUGAAACUGUCGCUUUACGAGUUUGUUUUUUCACACGAAAGCCGAAAUCACGAGCAUUACUCGUUUAAAGAAUUGCAGGACGCUGUUAAUGGUGAUUCACUGAAGUCAGAUGAUCUACAGAGGCUAUUUGACAAGCUGCAUUUCUUGAACUGCUCUGCAAACAAACCGAGUCCGGAUUACCGAAGGGUAAGAUGAGUGUUGUCGGCGGAAAUAGCCCAAAAGAUGAAAAACUUGGACGUCUUAAACUUAACUUGGUAACGUAAAAGUUUCUAGCGAAAAAUAUGUAUCUCUGAAAACUAAUUACAACGAUUUUUAAUAAGAAACAGUGAAAUGAAAAAGUAAAACUGAGCUCAAAUUACGAUGAGAUAACUGGGUUAAGACCGACCGAUCUUCGAAGCUGUGUGUCUUUCGUCUUCGACCACGCGGUUUUUCAUUACAUGCAUUCACUUUCAUGCUUUGUUCUUUUAGUGUUCCAGCCCUAUAGAAUUGCUCAAUAUUUCUGGAUCCUCACGGUCAAAACCCUUAAAUUCCUCGGAGUUUGAAGAGCUCAGCCCUUCGAUUGUUUACUGCCUUUUGCCAGCGCUUGAAAAGAAUUCUGGUCAACAACGUUGCGAUUCUCCCAGGAACCACAGCGAACUUUUCGAUUCGUUUACGAGGAAUUUUAGUCAUGGGGAACACGGGAUCACUCACGAAGCUCUCGAUGGAAUUCUCGAGGCGAUAAACAAGACGAUCGGGGACUUUUUAACUGAAAAGAAGGUGGGUAAAAUUUAAGGAUAAAAAGCGGUAUAAGUGGUUUUAAAAAAGGGUAGUUUCGGCACGAUCUUUGCUCCCUCUUGAAAACUUUGUUUCAAGAAGCUUAUAAAAAGCUAAAGCUUAUAUUACCCUGCGAGCAAAGGAUUCUUUCUGGCAUGGCUGUAAACAUUUACGCAGCCGCGACUGACAAGCUACGCGAAAGUCUUCGUAAAUAUUAAAAGCCGUGUCAGAAAUUAGAAACCUCUGAUCGCGGGGUAUCAAUUAUACGCUCAUUAUAAAGUUAAAUGUUAGCGGAAAGUUUAUUCAUACAAAAUGUAGCUGAUGUACUGUGCAGCCUUAAAACGUUUUUCGCAUAGCCUUGUACAUUUUCGAUUCGUAGCAUAUUCUGUCCGUCUAUGACGAAGUAAGUUAUGGAAGUAACGGAUUAUUAAGUUUGUCAAGAAAUGUGGAGGCUGAAGAACUUUUGUUGAAAAUCAAGAAUAUCUCUCUUAUGAUUUGUUGUAACAUGUUAGCUUUCAUUGGCAAGACUUGUCAGCCAUAAGCUUAUAUUUUACUUGAUCUUGAUAGUUGUAUUUUCACAGCACACCUCCAGUGCUUUGUUAAUAUUAAUUUUUCGGGAGGUAAUUACUAAGUAAAUGCCGGCAAGAAGAUCAGUCCACAGCCUCAUCUUGACUUGGUCAGCAGCACUUUAUUAACUGUAUGGCUAGGCUUGGUAUGUGAAUGGUCAGCUGUUUUCACAAUGCUGCAAGGGCAGGGUUUUUCACUGUACUAACGCUGCGUAUCGCUGCAUGCAUAGAAGUUCAAGAAAGAAGACGUGCAAGAAGAAAAGUGAGUGUUCGGGGAGAGUGAGUUGAGCUUAAUACAUGCCACAAUUGAUUUCAGUUUAAGCUUAUAUAAAUCCUCAAAGUUAAACACUUGUUCUCCAUUUCUCUCAUUGUUUUCACGAUUGAUGAUGUUGAGUAUUCAAAGCAUGUUAAUCAAUUUGCCUAAGGGUAUUGCCUAGCUUGUUUGCCAGCGUGGUAUUUAUUUACCCAGGAAACUGAAAGUAGAGCCUGAUCUCACCUUAGUGCAGCAGACGUUUUCGGUUAGAUACGAGUGUUACCAAAGUCUAGAAAUCAAAGUUUAUUCAGGUUUUGCUACAGUGCAUGGUUUUUAUAAUUAGUUUUGUACGUUUCCAAGCAUGUUAUGUCGCUUGUCACCUGAGCGAAAGCUUCUAAGCUUUAAACUCAAGUGGUAAUUUAAGCUGUUUCAUAGUAUGGCAUAUCAACGGCCUAUGGCCAUUGGACACAGAUUGAAUAUUUGAUUGAAUUUCAAUAAGAUUUCAUGCAGUCAUGACCUUAAACAUGCAUUACUAGUGUCAUGCAUUGCUAUUUCUAUGCACAUGUAUGUGUAUCUUUGCCGAUAAAUCUCCACGCUCCUCACCAUUUGCAGGCUAAUUGUAUCCAGGCAAAUGUGAAUAAAAUCUUGAAUUAAAUAUGUGUUUAAUGUGUUGUUCAAUCCAAGCUAGUUUUCGUGAUCAGGUGAUAUCCUUUUGUUGACACUGGAAAUAAGGGCGUACACAAUUAUGAAAGUGGCUUUCAUCAAUCACAUCUUCACCCUCAUUUCCUAGCCAACGGCUACGGCUAGUUGAUAUUAAUUUAGAAGAUAGGGUAGUGGUAGUCAGUUUGUUUUUGUGUGGACACUUUGCUGUGUGCAUUCAAUGUUUUUUUCUAAAUUCAAUCUUACCUGUAUGUGCAACAUAUUUACCUAAAAGAUUAAAUAUAUUGGACCUAUGAUCAAACAGUAACUUUUGAAGUGAGGCUGGACAAAUUUCGUGGCUUGAAUUUUUAUGGCUGAUGUGUGCAUGAAUUUUCCUUUACUUUCUUAGCAGAUCUUUUUUGCUAUUUCACUGUUCAUAAUUUUUCUUUCACAAAAUUAAUGUGGCACAGGACUUAAUUGUUUUGCUAAUUGCCCAAAUUAAAAUUAAUUGCCCAACACUAAUUGUCUCAUUCCAUGAACUAUUAACCACAUUCCUAAAGAACUUAUUAAUAGACCUAGAUGCUGAUCUACAUUUUUAGUCAAACCUCAUGGACAGCAAAGUGACAGAGCCAAGUGUGUCUUCAUUACAGAUUUGCCUAAGUUUAAGAAAACUGAAUAUCUUGUUUCAAAGAUUGUAUAUGUACAUGUAGCCCUUAAGAUAUAUAGCAAGAGUGGAGCUACAAGUUCGUAAAAAAACGGAAGAAAACUAAAAACUUAGAUAUUACUUCAACAGGUACUCAUUUUUCUUAACUGCAGGGCCAGGUCUGACAAAUAAAGUUUGGUAAAUAAACACAGGAAGUAUCGACGGCAGGAACUACCCACGUAAAAGCUUAUGUCACUGAUCUUUCACAGUUUUUAAAAGCAUACCACAUUCAACUUCAGCCCGUGCCACCAAGGAAUUAGUGACAUUGUUAAACAUUAGUUAACCUUUAAAAACACGUAUAACUAAAAUGUUUGGAAAUGAACAUCCAGUAAAAAUUUGCCUUUGGUACAAUGCAGCUGAACAAAAUGGUCGCGCAGUGACAAGGUAAAAGAAAACACACAGUAUUACUGCUGAUUACAGUGUAUGAAGUACCAGUAGACUGCAACUUUUUUGUUCUAAGUUACAAAAAGAUUCUUUUGUAGAUUAAUACAGUUGAUUUGAAUUUGAAAAACGUGAUCUUCAAAAUAAUUCCUGUUCGGGUGUGUCAGUUCUUAGUGAAAUUUAUUGAAUUGUGAAGAGACUGUGAUUGAUCAGCAUCUUGCGAUUUCUUUUAGAUCUGUCAUUAAAAGAAUUUUGAAAAUAAUAUUGGCAGCUUGCAUUUAAAAGUAACAGAGGAAAAUUUCCUAGUAUAAAUACACACAUCUUGCAGAGGAGAGCUGAUUAGUGCUAGUGGGAAAUAGAGUAGACAAGAAAAACAUGCCUUAUACAGUGCGAUUACUGGAAGCAUGGCACUUAGAAGAAAAUUGUCCAAUCACUAUGAUUUCUGAAAACAGAAGAUUCCCAAGUUUUUUUGCAAACGAACCAAUAACAUUCAUGAAUCUGAGGGCUCUUACCUGAGAGGUCAGGUAAGUUCAAACGGUAUUUCAAUGGUUGCGUAGUUGAACCUUGAGUUUUAUUGGUCCGUUUGUAAAACAACUUGAGAAUCUUUGUUUUCAAAGAACAACAUGGUGGGGUAGUCUGCUUCCAAGUGCCCCAGUUUGAGUAGUUGCACUGGAAAGUUUUCAGCGGUUGCAUAGUUAAAUCUUGACUUUUAUUGGCCUGUUUGCAAAAUAACUUGAGAAUCCUUUGUUUUCAGAUAUCGUUGUGAUUGGACAAUCUUCUUUUAAUUGCCCCAGUUUGAGUAGUCACACUGUAACUGUUUCAUUAUAGAAACUGCCAAACAAACAGGGCAUUCUCUGCACCCUAUAAUUUUUUAAAAAUACUAUGUUAACAUUGCUAUCAGUAGCAGUGGGGAUUAGGUAUUAGUGCAUACCGAAUCACAAGUCUGAAUCUUCACAAUCAGCAAACAGGGGUUUCAAUAAAAAUUGAAGUAGCCAACAGGUUUGAAUAGAGUGGCUGAUUGUGUCAACAAGGAGCCAGCUAGUGUAGUCCACGUUUUCAAGGGGUGUCUGGGGGCGACUUUUCCAUUCAAGAAGAUUUGAGUUUAAGUCAAAUUUUGCUUAUUAGCUACGCAAUGAACUCCUACAAGCAAAUUAUGAACAAAUGAUAAUUUACUAAGUUACAUACAUUUUCGCGUGAACAAAUUCUAGUUUUGUCCAUGACAUUAUUUGAACUAGUUGCUGCUUCUUUGGGGGGAAAAAGUAGCCAACUUCUCUGAGCAAUGAACAUGUAGCCGACACUUUUCACUGGUUGUCGGUGCUCAUUGAAACCCCCCUAAGCAAACUACUGAAUUACCAAGUCUAAAUGCUAUCAAAGAUCUAAUAUUCUUCUUUAUAUUACCAGUGUUUUUCAGCGGAAGACAUUUUUAAAGAGAUAGAAGAGGAAGGCCACCAUCACGGGGAACAUGAACACAGUCAUGAAGAAGAAAAGGUUCUUGAUCAACAUGAUUUUGAGAAAGCCUGUGCCAGCAUUAUCCUGCAUCUGGUUAAAGGAUACUGUAUCAAGGAAGGUCACGGACACAACGAGACCAAAUCUAAUCUACCAUUAAAAGAAUUCUUCAUUAAAGAACUUUUUAAUGGCAAAGAGCACCUUUCUGAAGAAGACUUAGAAAGCAUCGCUGAAAGUCUUGGUAUUGGAAAGAUAUCUUCUGAGUCGACAGCCUCAUCUUCAAGUGACAGCCAUGAUGGCCAUAACCACAGACACCGAAGGUCUGCUGCAUCUGCUGUGUCAUCACAAGAGGAAUCUGCAGCAUCUCACAACCUUCAUCGCCGUGCAGUUGAUUCUCACACUCACAGUAGUGGUGGAAGUGGCAGUGUAGGUGCUACUCAAACAUCAAGCCUCCUCCUUACCCCUUUACAGGGCUUCUGAUACAUGUAGGUCGCAGAAAAAAAGUCAAAUUUCGCGGGAUUUUUAGGGACAAAAUCGCGGAAAAAACGGCCGAUUUCACAGGAAUUUUCGGGGCAAACUUAGCGGGAAAGCAAUCGGUAAAAAAGACGGCAGAUUUUGUGGUUAUUUUCAGAGCAAAUUCUGCUAGAAAUCGAUCAGUUUUGCGCCAAUCAGACCAGCAUUUUUAAUGUUUUUCUAACAGAGGUCAUCAUUUGCUCUUUCAACAACAAUACGCUCCACAAAUGAACGAAUGGCAAAGCCUUUAACAUCAUGGCUAGUGCCCAGUUUUUCGCAACAUAAUCUAUGCUUGGGAGUUUCGGAACAUUGUUUGCACGUUUUGGUGACAAAAUUUUGGCAUAAAUUUGCAAGUUUACGGCAUGUAAAUAUCCCCAGUAGCUGAGACAAGUUUCAAAAUUGCUGUACAGACAUGUAUUUAGUAAGAUUUCUACCGAAUUUCGCUGGAUUUUGUGGAUUUACCUGAAUUUCGCUGCUCUGCGAUGGCACGAAAAAUCAGAAGCCCUGCCUAUACUCACCUAUCCUACAUUUAGGGUGCUUUCCAUUGGUAUGAUCCGGACCAGGAUCAGUGAUUUGAGGUCAGUCAGAUCAUUGCCCAUCAAAGGAACCCACAAAUCCACCCUGGAAAAGGAUUCAUUGGUUCUUUUGAUCUUGAUCCAGAUCAUUCCAAAACAAUCUUAUUAAACUUAAUGAAUCCUUUUAAGCUUUUAAGGUACCUUUAUAAAUUGAGUUUAAUAAAGCUUGAUUGUCAUCCUUGAGACAAAGUCCCCCUCCCCCUUAUUGUCUUUGAGUCACUCAAAUCUUUCUGGGUUCCAUGUAUUGUACAGUAAAGGAACUUCCGUCUUUUUUGAGGCAUUUGUAUACUUGGCUGAGCAAACCUUACUAAGUUCUCACAGUAAUUAACCCUUUAACCUUAAAAACCAGCAAGAAUUCCCAGUUCUUUGGAAAGAAGUUGAAAUUAGUACACUUUACUUGUAUGACCUUAUAUAACUUAUAACUUCUUAGAUUGUGUCUAUUGUACUGUAUAUAUAACAGACUUUUCAACUUAAACUGUAUCUUAGAUUUACGCAAUAUAAUAUGUAUUCCUGAACAAUGAUCAAUUACUUGUUUACAAAGAAUGUUCAUGUUUUUUAGUGUUACUCAGUCGAUGAGAUGCUGACAGUUUUUGACAUUGAUCACUCCAUUGGAGCAGAUGAUUAUGACUUCAAACAGCUUUGCCCUGCUUUUAUUCAACAAGCAAAGAGUGGAGCUUGCAAGCAACAGUCUAACCAGUCUAACCAGUCAAACCAAACAAAAACAGAUCCAGAAAAGCAUAUGGGAAAAAGUAAGGGUGCAUGUUAUAGGUCAUGUUAUGGGGUAUAUUUUACGAUUGGGCCUUCUGGAUUGUGUUUGCUAUAACGAGGAUAUCGUUAAUCUACAAUACUCGUCACAAAUCUUGAAACACUUGUGUGAUUUUCCCCUUCCCCAAUGUUGAUUUGGGUAUUACAGUGGUCUCACUGGUCCAAAAUACGCGUGGCUCAACAUUGGGGAAGGAGAGGGGCAAAUUCAAGUGAGAGCGAAGAUGUCAGGAGUGAGUGUAAGAAAUCUGGAGAAAAUUCAAGACAAAUGGCUCCUGUUUCAACGAUUUGUGACGAGUAUUGUAUUUAGUCGGAAGAGAGGAAACAAUGACAGGUUCAGAUCAAGGUGAAUUUUUGGGACCGUUGAUCGAAGAUACGUGUUUUUUGUCGUGUACAUAAAGUAAAAUUAAAAAGAAAAACAGUAUGUUGAAUUAUUUUUCGCGUAGGGCAGAAUGUCAGAUGGAAGUAAGGCAUUUAAAGUACAUAUGUAAUAUAUAGAGUAAUGCAGAGACGCUCCGAAGUAGUGUUUUAAAACCAUUUUCGGUUGUCUGUGAAGAUCAUUCCAUGGCAUGAGUUCUUAAUGCUUCUUGACUGGGGAAAGUGAAAAAACACAGCCUCCAUGAUAUUUUAUACUGACCAGGGAGAUACGCCGAUAUUGUGUACAAAUAAAGAUGAACUCGCUUUUGUGAGAGAAGGAGUUGUCGGUGAGAGGAAGAAUCCGAAGAUGAAAUUAGGGUGGCAAGUAUUCAAUCUCUUCAAUCAAAUAUCCGAGGAACGGCUAAAAUUCGUUUCUCCUUGUAGAAAAUGUCUUAGUCGUCUUUAAUAUUUUCCCGCAAGAGGACUAAUUAAAUUAAUGCGAUCUUAUGUAAAUAUUGCUGAGGUUGUUGACAUUAUUUGCUGCAGCUUGAGUGUAACACGAUUCACCAUGGUGUUCGGGAAAUUCUUUGCCUUUUUAGCCCUUAAAAACAACAGCUACUGCAUCUAUAAGUGUUUGGAAUUAUAGAGAAGAUCAUAGAACAUACAGAUAAGGGAAAAUUUUCUUCAUGAACAUAUUCAAUAAUGCUAUUUGAACCGGUUCACCAUGGUGAACCGAUAGUUCAUAAAGUCUAUGGUAUUAUAAUUACUUUACGGUAGGACACAGUGGUGAAUCGUUGAGAUUUUGCGCUUCAAAGAUAGAUCGCUCGUUAAAACGAAUGAUCUCGUUUAAUAACGUAUUUCUCUACAUAGUUAGCUCAUCUUUGUACAUAGAACCUUUAAGAUCAUAGAAAAAGAAGGAAAGGGUUCCGUUUUCAUCUGACACCUCUGUGUAGUUAUUUCAGAUAACGACUAAUUAGCGAUAUUCUCUACCAUUCUCUCCCACAAGCUCGCAAGAAAAGUAUGUCACCGUAAAUACGAAAUCAGUUUCAAGUGAUAAAAUGGCUCCAAAAAAUUCUUUCUGCUAUGUAAAAAUCACCAAACAUCGUCUCCAUUGCCAUAUGUUUGAGUAAUUUUUCUUCCCCUUCGGUCUUGAAAUAUGCACCCCUUGUCCAAUGCCGAUGUACUUUGAGGCACAGCCCUUUCACUGAAGUGGUUUUGGAGAAAUGUACCUUGAAAUCGUUCAUAAUCAAUAGUAUGCAUACCAGCUAUAUAAUUAUUAGUCCGACUUUACAUCUAGAACAGUAACAACAAGAAUACUGAUGACAUUAUUCACACUAAAGGUGGAAAAAGUUACCCUUCAUACCUUUCGUUACCCGUCCACACCCUCCCAACGCAAAGACAAUACUCGUCACAAAUCUUGAAACACUUGUGUGAUUUUCCUCUUCCCCAAUGUUGAUUUGGGUAUUACAGUGGUCUCACUGGUCCAAAAUACGCGUGGCUCAACAUUGGGGAAGGAGAGGGGCAAAUUCAAGUGAGAGCGAAGAUGUCAGGAGUGAGUGUAAGAAAUCUGGAGAAAAUUCAAGACAAAUGGCUCCUGUUUCAACGAUUUGUGACGAGUAUUGUAUUUAGUCGGAAGAGAGGAAAUAAUGACAGGUUCAGAUCAAGGUGAAUUUUUGGGACCGUUGAUCGAAGAUACGUGUUUUUUGUCGUGUACAUAAAGUAAAAUUAAAAAGAAAAACAGUAUGUUGAAUUAUUUUUCGCGUAGGACAGAAUGACAGAUGGAAGUAAGGCAUUUAAAGUACAUAUGUAAUAUAUAGAGUAAUGCAGAGACGCUCCGAAGUAGUGUUUUAAAACCAUUUUCGGUUGUCUGUGAAGAUCAUUCCAUGGCAUGAGUUCUUAAUGCUUCUUGACUGGGGAAAGUGAAAAAACACAGCCUCCAUGAUAUUUUAUACUGACCAGGGAGAUACGCCGAUAUUUUGUACAAAUAAAGAUGAACUCGGUUUUGUGAGAGAAGGAGUUGUCGGUGAGAGGAAGAAUCCGAAGAUAAAAUUAGGGUGGCAAGUAUUCAAUCUCUUCAAUCAAAUAUCCGAGGAACGGCUAAAAUUCGUUUCUCCUUGUAGAAAAUGUCUUAGUCGUCUUUAAUAUUUUCCCGCAAGAGGACUAAUUAAAUUAAUGGGAUCUUAUGUAAAUAUUGCUGAGGUUGUUGACAUUAUUUGCUGCAGCUUGAGUGUAACACGAUUCACCAUGGUGUUCGGGAAAUUCUUUGCCUUUUUAGCCCUUAAAAACAACAGCUACUGCAUCUAUAAGUGUUUGGAAUUAUAGAGAAGAUCAUAGAACAUACAGAUAAGGGAAAAUUUUCUUCAUGAACAUAUUCAAUAAUGCUAUUUGAACCGGUUCACCAUGGUGAACCGAUAGUUCAUAAAGUCUAUGGUACUAUAAUUACUUUACGGUAGGACACAGUGGUGAAUCGUUGAGAUUUUGCGCUUCAAAGAUAGAUAGCUCGUUAAAACGAAUGAUCUCGUUUAAUAAUGUAUUUCUCUACAUAGUUAGCUCAUCUUUGUACAUAGAACCUUUAAGAUCAUAGAAAAAGAAGGAAAGGGUUCCGUUUUCAUCUGACACCUCUGUGUAGUUAUUUCAGAUAACGACUAAUUAGCGAUAUUCUCUAUCAUUCUCUCCCACAAGCUCGCAAGAAAAGUAUGUCACCGUAAAUACGAAAUCAGUUUCAAGUGAUAAAAUGGCUCCAAAAAAUUCUUUCUGCUAUGUAAAAAUCACCAAACAUCGUCUCCAUUGCCAUAUGUUUGAGUAAUUUUUCUUCCCCUUCGGUCUUGAAAUAUGCACCCCUUGUCCAAUGCCGAUGUACUUUGAGGCACAGCCCUUUCACUGAAGUGGUUUUGGAGAAAUGUACCUUGAAAUCGUUCAUAAUCAAUAGUAUGCAUACCAGCUAUAUAAUUAUUAGUCCGACUUUACAUCUAGAACAGUAACAACAAGAAUACUGAUGACAUUAUUAACACUAAAGGUGGCAAAGUUACCCUUCAUACGUUUCGUUACCCGUCCACGCCCUCCCAACGCAAAGACAAUACUCGUCACAAAUCUUGAAACACUUGUGUGAUUUUCCCCUUCCCCAAUGUUGAUUUGGGUAUUACAGUGGUCUCACUGGUCCAAAAUACGCGUGGCUCAACAUUGGGGAAGGAGAGGGGCAAAUUCAAGUGAGAGCGAAGAUGUCAGGAGUGAGUGUAAGAAAUCUGGAGAAAAUUCAAGACAAAUGGCUCCUGUUUCAACGGUUUGUGACGAGUAUUGUAGGUUCAUGAAAUCAAGGUUCUGUUCCAUACAUUACAUUUUACUGUAAUUUUGGCUGGGCUGAAGAAAAUUGUUCUUAAUACCAAGGACUGUAUCUGUAUUAAUUUUUCUAGGGAACCUUUUUCUUUGUGAUAUUUUGUUUAAAAUAUAAUAGGAAUGCCUUCAUUAAUUUUGAGAGUUCUGAUAGCAAGCGUUGUACUUGUUAAACUUGUUGAUGUUUUUGGUUUUGUUUCUUAUCUCCAGUCUGGGGUUAUGGCUUUGCCGCUGUGACUAUCAUCAGCCUUACAUCUUUAAUGGGCGUGGCUACUAUUCCAUUUCUGGGAAAGAAAAUGUACAGGAAGAUCUUGGCGAUGUUGGUGGCUCUUGCUGUGGGAACUCUUGCUGGAGACAGCUUACUUCAUCUCUUACCUCAUGUAAGUUGCCCAUAGACCCUGUUUAAAAAGGUCCAGACAAAUUUAUUUUGUGCAACCUGUUUAUGCAGAAAUGUGCACAUUCCAUUACAGAUUGCUUUAAUAAUUGUUCACAGGAGUCAGACUUACGUAAGCCACACAACUAGACUCCAGGCUUUUAGCACUAAAAAGUUUGUAAAAAUUUGCACCUUCAGGUUACAGGAAUCAGCAUAAAAGUGGAACCAUACUAGUCAAAACUUUUUACCUACAUGUACUUCUAAAUAGAUCAAAACCUUGCACACUUUGCAAUUCAAGAACUUGCGUGGUUUCAUAUGUCCCAUGUAAACGAAAGGUAGAUCUAUACAAGUUUUUGGCCCUACAAAAAGUGUAAACUUAAGUUAUAGACCACACUUUCUAUGGGUUUACUGGCGUGAUAACCCACGUGGGAUGUUGGGAGAACUCAAGAAAAGCUUGUAAAUCAUGAGCCAAAGGAGAGUGAUUUUCAAACGUUCUCCCAACAUCCUAAGUGGGUUAUCACACCGGUAAACCCAUAGAAAGUGUGGUCUAUUGCUUCUAUAAAAUAACUGAAAGUUUUCUGUGAGUAUACCGCCACAAUAAACCAUAGGUUUUUAACCAAUCAGAACGUAGGUACUAUUUAAGUUAUUUUAUGAAAGGUCUUAUUGUUAUUACCCAGCUGUUCUGAAAACCUCUGAAGGUUUAAGUGUUUCACUUCUAGUUAAAGUUAGCUUUUUGCUAAAAUCCUGAAAGUGGUGUCUUGUAAUUAUAAAAUAAUUAUAAAUUAACUAAAUCAUUUUGCUACCAGGCAUUUGGUCUCCACCAACAUGAAGAUACAGCUGAAGGUGACAGCCAUGCUGAUCAUUCAGAAGAGAAGGGAUUCAUUUGGAAAGCCCUGGUGGUGCUGCUUUCCAUUUAUGGAUUUUUCUUGUUUGAAACUUUGAUGCAUCUUUGUUUAAAGAGCAAAGUUGGAGAUCAUGGUGGCCACAGCCACAUUGAUGUUGAGGUCAGUAAUAAUACAAUAUUUACUGUACUGUUUUAGACCUGAAAACUCCUAAAGUAAAAUGAUCGUAAGUUUUGAGAUAUCUUUUUUAAUCAGUGUAAACAAAAAGAAUAUUAUUUUUCCUUAGGUACAUGUACAUGUAAGUGCUGCAAACAAAGAGGUUUCAUUUGAAUGAUCAUGCCAUUGGAUUAAACAGUCAAACUCAAAAUCCAAACCAGCUUAACAAUGCAUAUGAUGCUUUGUGUAAUAAACAGUACCACGGCAAAGUGGCUUUCAUUAAUUUUGAACCAUCACUGACACUUAAGUUAUUUCAUCCUUAGGCUUUAAAGUUAACAAUUUUUAAAAAUACUGAAUAUGCUUUUGCAAACAGCAAACGAGUCCAACAUUGGGAUUAUUAUACGUUUCUGGGAAACUGCCCACCUUCCCCUCCCCUAAGCCAACAUUUUGCCCAAAGUGAGAAGUAAGUGUUCAUGUUGGCUUAGGGGAGGGGUAGGUGAGCAGUUUCGCAGAGACGUAUAAUGAUCCCAACAUUGUUUCUGUUAUAUAUCAUUAGCCAUUCUUUGGAAACCAAGAUUACAACAACAACAACAACAACAACAACAUCUUUAUUUCUUACAUUAAAUAUACAAAUAUCACACCACCUGCAAAUAGCAAGGCUAAUCGAGGCAGGUGGUGUGUAGACGGCUUAAGAUUUAUUACGAAUAGUUGAAGUGAAAAAGUACCAUAUUUAUAAUAAAAAAGGUCAGUCACGAGAGAAAUUGAGAUAAGAAAAUCGAGGCAGCUAUUUAGAUAAGCGGGGGCUAAUAUUUUUUAAAAUCGGAGAUUAUCGUGUUUAGGUCAGCAUAUCUAUCCUGAACUUCAAAUAUUUUCAACAGAAUUGUAUGAACUUUUUCCUUAAAGAGAGAUUUUGAAGAAUUUCGUAAAUUUUCAGGUAUACUAUUCCAAAUUUUGGCUCCCAUAAUAGAAAACGAAUCAUUUUUCUGAUUUAGUCUAGAGUGGCUAAUGUAAUAAUUUCCAGAAGAGGAGGAGCGAGUGCUGUAAGAGUGGAUUUGUUGAGUAGGCCAUGCAUUCUGAUCUAAUUAUAUACAAUGUGCAUGUACAGUCUUACUGUGCCAUUUCCCAACUUCUGAAACAAGAAGGAAACUUGGUGAGCUUAGCUUUCCUAAAGACUUCUGGGAUAUCGUUACUGGGGACACACUAUUGAGCUAUUGGCCAAGUUGUUUCCCUGUCCCCAGUAACAGUUCCAGAAGUCUUUGCAGUAGUUAACUGGGCCUGGUUUGCCUCUCAUUUCUAAACUGGAAAAUGGCCAUUUACUGAUCACAGAUAACUUGGUGGCCUGGUUGUUUGAUUAUUUUCAAACAUCACAUGACCAUAUUUGCAUAAGGAAUUUAAGGAGUGAUGCUUUCCUUUUGGCUUAAUGUAAGCUCCAUUUUUUGUACAGCUUCCUGGACCUUCAAGUCGGCACAUGAGCUUUAAAAAGCAAAGGAAAUGUUCCAGGCUAGAGCAUCAUGAAGGAGAUCAUCCGCUUGGUAACAGUGAUGAAAAGCCUCCCAUGGAAAAUGGUGACAUUGUUCUAACAAACAUGGUGAGUGUGACAAUAUUGCAUUGUUUUAGCAUCCAUCUAGAUUUUAGCAUUUACACGUGCAAACUCAGGCUUACUUUGUAACAGUUUAGUGUCAUGGCCGCUCAUGAGCUCACUAUGUUCUUAUUUUUAUUCAAGUUGAUGUUUAAGAAUGUGAGCGAAUUCUUUACAUGGCAUCAGAAGUUGGAUACAAAAAGUGUAGAAGUGUAGAAUACAAAUCAAAUGUUGAUUUAAUUGGAGGAUAUAAUUAUUAAUAAUAAAUUUAAUAAUAUACUGAUCCACCAACCAUGAUCAAGGUUCAUGGUACACCAAUCACUAACAACCACGAUGAACAAAAUCAUAGUCCCACUCAGUAAAUCAACACUGUUGGUUGAUGAAACCCUGUACUUGAUCAAAAUGUCACGAGCAAUGUCUAAGUGACUAUUAUAAGACAAACAAUAAGUAAAAACCCUUUAUAAUAAAAGUAAUCAUAAAGGAUAUACCUCUGUACUUCAGAAAUAACACUUUUAUAAGGUGUUGUAUAUUAUCUUUUUUACAUGUAUAUGUGGUGUCAUACUCCAGUGCUUCUGGUGAAAGUUAAGGAUCAUUAAAAAAGUCAAAUUGCCAAUUUGUUUUAAACUUUGGUUCCAGUACCACAGGGCAAUCAGAAAAAUAUUUAUCUUUCAGCUGAAGGGAUUAAUAAUAUUGUUAUGAUUUUUUUUGGUCAAUAAUCUGGUCCAUAAUCUUGAAAUUUAUGAUCCUGAAUUAAAUAUAAAGAAGUCUGAUGCAGUGACAUAAGGAGUCUGACAUUCUAAAUUGACUGAAUGUUUUGACUUAAUAAAGUACAUGUUUAAAAGCAAUUUUAAAUUUAAAAUUUCUGUAAUAUCCAGCUUGAUAUUAGAAUAAUUUAUGUACCAUUAAAAAAAAUUUAUAGCUAAAGUUCUGUCCAUGUUUUUUUAAAUGUUACAGUUAUAUGCAAUGAUAUUAAUCAAUGACGUAAAAUUGGUAAUUUAAGUUAAUGUUAUAACGUUGGUCUUCUGUCACAAAAGGAUGGUUCCGUAAAGAAUUUUAGUAGCAGCAGCAUUACAAGUCCUUCUUGUACAUUACAUUCCCACUGUGUUUAUGAACAUGUAUCUGGUACAGAUACUGAUGAUGGUGAAUAUGAGGUAAUUAAUGUUAAGAACAAUAAUACUGAUAUUAAUUUGAAUGUCAUUAUUAAAAAGGUGGCAUAAACGUGUAACUGGUAUUUAAGCAUCAAUAAACUGAAAUAAUCAAAGAUCAACAGAAGUAACUUAUAAACAUCAAUUUUCUUCGAGUCAUUCAUGUUUUAUUGGCCAGUUGCUUAUCAGUUCUGAACAAUUAAUUCUCCCAUGUCUGUGUGAAAGAUUACAAUGUAGUCUAUCUGUGAUAUUCAAAUGAAUAAUUUCAGUGAACCAUUAAUUUCCUUUAGUUUCUGCAAUACUAGAUGUAACACUAAAUUGUAGUAAACGAGCAAAUUGUCAGUAAUUAUUUGAAAUUCAGAAACACCAACAAAGAAUGAUUAAAAAGCGUAUCUGUGCAGGAAACAGACAUUGUUAAUGACUUUGAAACAUAUGUAUCAUGUGAAUUUAUGUAACGAUGAGCCACUUGAACAGCAGAUUCUCAUAAUUUUUUUUUUGUUUAAGUAACUUUUUCAUUCCAUAAUUUGCAACCCACUACUAAUACACCAGACAGACCUGGAGCACCAAGGGACAUGUUGUAGUUUUUUAUACUUUUUGUUCUUUUUGCGUCUGUGUUACAAUAACCAGCCUCAUAUCUCUAGCUCCAUAUAUGAAAGAGCUCAAAGGUUUUUGGAGCUGGCAACAUUAUUCACAGCUGCAAAUCACAAAAAAGUGACCAGAACUGAAAGAGUCCUUUUUUUAUUUUCUUUGUUUUUAUUGAAAAUUUCUAAAAUCUGAACUGAGAGUUUGUAAUAUUCUAAGAAAGCAAAUUUCUUAAUCUUGAACAGGAUAUCAAAGAUGGUUUUGAAGAACCCAAAGACAGAGUUCCCCAAGGUCAUCAAAAUACAACAAAUAAUCGCAAGAAAAGCCUUCAACGCAGCUUAUCACGCCGCUCCGUUUUCAGGGAUGAAUUAGAAAAAGAAAAGCCAUCAUUCAAAACUAUUUCCACUGUGGCAUGGAUGAUAAUCAUUGGAGAUACUCUCCAUAACAUCAGUGAUGGAUUGGCCAUUGGUGCCGCUUUCGCAGAAGGUGGUAGCUCGGGUGUUUCUGGUGGAAUCAGUACUUCUAUUGCUGUGUUUUGUCAUGAGCUGCCUCAUGAACUUGGUAAAUAACUAUCUUGAUGAUUUUUAAAUUUACAUUGUAAGUAUCCCUCUAUUGGUUGCAGAUGUUACAUGAUGCCCCAAAUAAGCUCAGGACCACAAAGGGUUCUAAAUUAAAAACUGGUCUGAUAUUGGCAGCCAGUGUGGCAUCUCUACUGACAUCUGAGAUCACUACAAACAAAAUGAUGUAUUUAGCAGACAUGUAUUGUUGGUUACUAAUCUGUAACAUUUAUUAUUUACUUAUGUAAUAUUUAUGUUAAAGAUACACUGUGUGCAAAGGGAGUAGUUUGGAUAGCGUGGGGCUAGUGCAUUUUUCCAUUGGGCUAGUAAAUUCAGUUGUUAACUUGCCUGAUGGGCAAGAGAAGAUUAUUGUAAAAUUCAAGUUGUUACAGAAGAACUGUAAUCAAUCCUUCCUGUCCAGGACAGUUGAAAUGACUUUUGGGUUAUUACAUGCUAGCUAUAAGUAAACUGACUUUCUUUGCACCCUGAUACAUCACCUGAAUUUUGCAUAGGAUUAUUAUAGAAUUGGCCAGAGCUGAAGGCGAAGCUCCCAUUUAUGCAUUUUAAAUUUACUUCAGGCAAUGGAAUUUUAGACCAUUGCAAAGAAAUCCACAAAUCUAUACUUAGCUUUAGGGGAGAACCAUGUGACUGAAAAACAUAAACUUUAGUCUACUAUCAAUUAAAAGCUAACAACUGGUCAGCGGAAAACUUCAAAAAGGCACGUGGCCUCAAUGAGUUGGCACCUGAGCCCGUGAUACGGUCAUGUGACUCUGGUCAGCGGAUACCUUGUUUUGACAGCGGUCAAUUGAGCAUAAUAUGGAUGACUGUCUAUUAUCAAGUUAAAUACCGGUUAGAGGCAUUUCACAUUGGUUGUCCUGUGGCGCGGACGGACGGACGUUCGGUCACGUGAUGACCAAAAUUUCUUAGCUGGAUAGAUUACCAAAUUUUCUUACGUAUGGGGCUCUGCUCACACGGGCGUGGAGCUCCGCAGAAAAGACCACUGGUUUUUGUAUUAAUCAUGACGUUAAAUAAAUUGAUAAGGGAAGACAUUUGUGCUGUACCAGUAUUUUAAAUUUUUACAGCCUGGAAGUAGUGUUAUUAUCCCACAAUGGUUUUAAUAAAACUUAAGUCAAUUUUCUUUUCUUUUUCCUUGUGUCACAGGGGACUUUGCAGUUUUGCUGACAGCUGGCAUGACAGUCAAGAUGGCUUUAUUAGCCAACUUGCUUUCUGCCUUGUCUUGUUAUAUUGGCUUAGCAAUUGGUAUAUACGUUGGUCAAGAAGCUGAUGUGCGUUUCUGGAUAUUUGCUGUGGCUGGUGGAAUGUUCCUUUAUGUCGCAUUGGUGGACAUGGUAAGUGUUUUAGGAGUAUCGAUAAUGAGAUCACUUUAAUUUAUGGAAAGUCUCUUCUUGCUGUCCGUUUCCCAAUGGACAAUUUAGGAUGAAACAACGUUAUGGGUAGACUGCCAAACAGUCCGUAUUUUCGCGUAUUCAAGUACGUGCGAGUAGUCGAGAGAGGCUGAAAACGGCGAGCGAGACUGGGGAGAGACGCUAAAAUACGUUUUUCUUUUCUCUCGCAUCACACGCCUCACAGGUGAGGCUCUUGAGCCACGCUAAACCAAUUUUGAGAAAGUGAGAAAAAAAAAGACUGUUUUGCAGUCUACGUUAUGGGGUUCCUCAGCUAUUAAACAAAUUUGUUGUUGGAUGAGGUCUCAGUGAUAUCCGGAAUAAGGUUAUCGCCCGUGGUUGUCAUGGAAGUCACCCAAAAGAUCUUUUCGUGACAUACCCUGUAGCUGUUCUUAAGCCAGUAAGUAGUUUUACAUUGAAAUCUCUUCGUUUUGAUGGCGCAACUUGUCAGUGGUUCGCAGGUUCACAGCUCAUCUUCGGCGAUGACAUUAAUUGAUGAUUUUUAUGUUUUUUUUUUCUUGAACACAGCUUCCUGACCUGAUGCACAGCGAAACUCUUCAAGCAGAACCUGUUGCUACGUUCUUGUUACAGAACUUCGGUUUGGUCCUUGGAUUCGCCAUUAUGUUGAUAAUUGCGCUUUAUGAAGAGGACUUAAUGGCAAUUAAUUUCUAG